AUGUCCACUACCCCACCUAAGCAAAUCCUUCGACCUGGGUCUAAGCUCGCAGCACUUAAGUCUGUUCCUGAACCUUCAUACUUCAUGUGUGACCGAUCCUGGCAUCGGUUCUACGGCGUUCUAAGCUUGCUCAACAUAAAACGGCCGGAAUGUGACAACAACAAGAGGCUGAACUAUGACAUCAAAAUUGAGUAUGGCCAAUCCCCCGAGAAUCUUUUCAAAAAAGUUCAGCGUGUAGAGAUUGAAACCACUGGAGUCCAUCUGCUCCGGUUCUGUGAACUGGAAGGGCAAAAUACCGGGGAGGAACAACUAGCAGGCCAACGACAUAUUCGCUCAUCGGUACCAAUGCCGGCUGAGGUGCCCUCCUAUCUGGCGGUCAUACUGCCCAAUCCGAUCAUUCGAUUCAAAUCGAAGCAUUGUUUUCACGACAAUGAUGGGAGUCUCGAAGUCUACGGCGAGUCUAUAGGCUCUGUAGUUAAUGUUCUUGAUUGUAAAACCUUGGCUACUGAAUGGUCGAACGGAGCUGAUCUUGCUUUUGUCCUCAAUGAACUUCACUAUCUUUACAGUAUUGGGAGUUUUUGUACGCAGAAUAUGGACUUGGAGACGACUCUAAUGGCAACCAUAGACGUGCUGAACCGGCAUCUCUAUGAUGAAAUGAGCCCGGGUCACGAUAAUGCAUCGCGCAAGAAGGUGCGAAGCUUUGUAUCAUGGCUUUGUGACCAAAAAAGACAGAAUCCGAGGAUUGUUCCCGAGAUCGAACGCAACACUCUUCGCCUGGCGGCUCAGGUCAGCGAGAAUUUGAAUGACAUCUUUCGGAAACCCAACGCCCGGAAACCUCCAGUCUUGUACAUAACAGAUAAAGGGGACAUUGGGCUUGGGACCAGCGCCACUACAAAAGGGGACCAGGUGUGUGCUAUAUACGGCGUGCCCAACUUUAUGAUUCUCCGGCCAGACAGCGGACUUCGUUGCCGUGUUGUGGGACCAACUUGCGUCAGCAGUCAGAAGCUUGCAGAAGCCAUUUUAGGCCGUUGGCCUGAUGGGCAUGACAAUACCUGGGUGGUCUAUGAUCCUAAGAAAAAGCUGAAUGUGCUGAAAAGGGAUGGAGAUACUGUUAUUGACACUCGACUGUCUGGUUUCAGUGACACCCCCGACUUUCAACCCUGGGAGUUUGACAUCGACACCAACCGGUCUUCUUUAGCAAAGAAGUUAAGGGACAACCGUCGAUCAUUCUUAUUGACUUGA